UGCCGAGUCCAGUGCUAAAAUACAGCGCUGGGUACUGGACAUGGGAGGGCCAAGCUGUGGUUCUGUCAUUGAUUCUAUGGAAGACUUCUUGCCAGCCCACCAUCUUCCCAUUUAGAAUGUGGAAAAUGGGAGUACCUUCCAUAUGGCAGCUGGGCCCAACCCACAGGGAGGUGUGUUGCUUUCCUGAGGUUCAGGUAAGGGACACUGAAAUGUAUCAACUGGUAUGGCCCAGUGAUUAUUAUACUCUACUGGUGUUCCAGAUAGGCAGCAACAAGGUCCCAACAAGAAGGCUGAGGUCAGAAACCUCAUGUGAAACAUUUGGAGCUGCUAAAAGAUCCAUUUCUGCUAAAAUACCGUCCUGUUGACUAUCAUGACUGUGUUAGGAAAGCCUCCCAGAAAUCCUGUAUGUGUGAUGAGAAGUUUCGGGCACAGGUAUUUAAUGAGACAUGAGCCUUUUACUCUGCUCUUUGUGUGUUUUUCCAAUCAGCGAGGAUAACCCUUCUCCACACUGUGUGAAUUCCAUUUCCCAUGGAGCUGGAGCCCACAGCUCAUAGAUGGAGGGAGCAUUGUUCCCUAGCAACCAUCUCUACUCUUCAGCCUUCACCCAGGACCUGCCUGCUUGUACAAACCACCAGUCACCACACAGGGAUCAUGGACCAGAAAUGCCAAGCUCAGGACAACGCAGCAUUAGAAACAGGACAGAAAGGACUCAACGACUGUACUGAAAUGACAAAAAAAUACUUGACCUGGGCAUCUCUUUCAGAUUACCAACAGCUGAGUUACAACUUCAACAUUAAUAUCUUCCAAGGUGGUCCACUGAAGAGCCAAAGCUUGAUGAGAGAUUCCUACACCCCUGAUGUAUUUCAGAAGGCAGUCAUAGAUCCCAGGCAUUGGCAUGGAAGGACAAUUAAUGAGCUGGGGAGAUGGUAUGAGAAAUAUUUCCUAGAUCUUAACGUGCAGAAAGCAAUGAAGGAGAAACAUGGGAGGCGUAAAAAAAAAAAAGAUUCCUAGAAGAUGAAGGUUGAAGAUUGGAAUGCAUUCAACAAUGAGUCUUUUCCUUCUACCAUCUAAUAAACCUGCCUGUGAAAUCUGAACCCAUUGCCUGCUAGCUGGCAACAACAGAUUUGUUCCUGGUGCUUUCUCCCCUCUCUAUUAAAGUGUCUCUGGGGAGAGCAGUGUGAAAUAAGUCUGAACAUGCAAACAAACAAAAAAAACCAUCACUGUUGCUCACUGAUACCGUGGGAAGGAUUAGUGUGUGAGGCCUGUACCCUUGGAGAAGGAUGUGGAGAGGUUCCCACAUGGAAAUUCACCUGCUCAGCAUAUAAGUUGGAGCAGGACCUGUGAGUGGUGUAAGAGGGCAGUGGUGGGUGUUUGUGAACAAAUAAUGUUUUCUGGAAGAUUUAUGACACUUUGACAGCUGCCCCAGCACUCCAGGGAGUACAGAGGAUGCACUGGGAACCAACCAGGGUUGUCCCAGCAGCAGAAAUGUGCAAAAGGAAAUGG